AUGUCCUCGCGUGCAGCCCACACUCCGCCUCGCACUCUCCCCGAGUUCCUGCAGCGACUCGCCCAGCUUCUGGCCAUAGUUCUCGGGGUCUCUUCCGCUGGCUCAGCUAUAUGGUCCCUGUUCAUCCUGCCCCUGCUCCAUGCCUCUUUCUCGGCUAGGAAAGCGCUUGUCGACCAACAAAGCGACCGCGCCAUCGAUAUAACCCGAGCCCUGAGUAAAAUCAGGUCUCUGUCCAUCUAUGGGCAGCCGUCCCCUGCGGACACUCCCGCAGAAGGUGGAGAAGAGAAGGAGGUUGACGGGCCAUUGGAGAAGACAUCAGACGCUUCCCUGCAAGAGAUUCACUCCUCGGCGGCAUCCGAGUCCUCUCUAACCCGGGACAGCGGCGCAACCCCGGGUCAGGCUGUCUUCCCGCUCUCAAACCUGUCCACUCUCUCUUCUUCUCUGAGCAGACUCACCUCUGCUCUCGAGUCUACAUCCACUACCCGUACUUCCCUCAUAUCCAAUCUGGAAUCCUACACGUCCCACCUACAUCGCCAGCUGUUUGCAGCGCGGCCGUUGGGAUCGAAAGGGUUUGGGGGCUAUGCCGUUGGCAUGGGCAGCCUUGACGCACAUUUGAGGAAUGAAGGAGAGGUUGAAAGUCGGGGAGAAGAAUGGGAUGCGGUGAGGAAAGAUAUCAGGGCAAUCAAGGGGAUGUUGCUCAAUAGAAGGACAUCCACGCCCAUAGUCGGUGCCAAUAGGUCAUGA